AUGGCAUGUAAACUCAAUUAUAAAAAUCUUUUAUAUGAAAUGUCUCGAUUUCAAUUCAUACUCUUGUCAAUGAAAAGAAGAACUGAAAUAGAAAGAGUUCAUAAUAUUGGUAUUAAAGUUCCUAUUUAAUUAUCAGAGUCUGGAGAUUCUUAUACAAUUACAUAAGGUUAAGUGAAUUAAUUAAAAACUAUUAAUUUAAGAAAUAAUAAUUAAUCAGAAUAUAAAUAUGAUAUUCUUACUAUUAAUGAUGCAUUAAUUUUGAGUUAUGAUUAUAAAAAUUUUGAAUAAAGUAUUCUAUCAUCAACUAAAAGAUCUGCUAAUGAAAAUAAUUAAAUUGAAUAAGAUUUUUUUGAUAUAAAUUAAAUAGAACCAUAAUAUAAUUAAAAUGAAGAAGUAUGA